AUGCAUCUCUGCUUAAUGCCAUCACAUGAUGAGCCCUGGGGCUCUCCAUUUAAUCACAGAGGAGGAGGGCAGCAGAUAAACAUUAUUCUCACUUCUCUGAAGAGAGUUAACCUGUGCAAGAAUUGGGGACACAAUACACACACACACUCCCACACCAUGAAGGGUCUCUGCCUCCUCCUCCUCCUUGGAGUCCUGCUCCUGUCCGAAGGAGUUCUGCAUGCUGCUGCCAAACAGUUUCGAGAUGUGAUGAGCCAUGGAAGAUCUUCUUCUCAUGUCAGGUCCCAUAAGAAGCUACAUGGCUGGUAUCCUGAUCAAAAUCAGUGGAAUGAAAAGCUUUAUCCUUUCUGGGAAAAAGGAGAUCCUAGAUGGAAGGACUGCUGGAGAGGAGGAAAGGUGGUGGCCAGAUUGACCUCUGACAGCCCAGCUCUAGUAGGAUCAAAUGUGACCUUUACUGUGACCCUACAGUUUCCCAGGUGCCAGAAAGAAGAUAAUGACAGCAACAUAGUAUAUGACAGGAACUGCAGGAAUGAUUCCUCAGACUUUCCUGACCAGUAUGUCUACAACUGGACUAAGUGGAUUGAUGACUGUGGCUGGGAAAACUGCACAAGCAACAAUACCCAUAAUGUGUUCCCAGAUGGGAGACCUUUCCCUCAUCAUCCUGGCUGGAGAAGGAGGAACUUUGUCUAUUUGUUUCAUACAGUUGGCCAGUACUACCAAAAAACUGGAGGCUCUUCAGCAAUUGUUUCCAUCAACACAACAAAUAUCACCCUUGGCAAACAGAUGAUGGUGGUCUCCGUUUACAGAAGAGGUCAUCGAAAAUAUGUUCCAGUUGCAACAGCAAGUGGCAUCUAUGUUGUGACAGACCAGAUUCCUUUAUAUGUGAACCUGUCCCAGAAGAAUGACCGCAAUGCCUCAGACUCUGUCUUCAUCAAGGAUUCUCCUAUCACAUUUGAUGUCAAGAUCCAUGAUCCCAGUCACUACCUUAAUAAUUCUGCGAUCUCCUACAAGUGGGAUUAUGGAGAUGGCAGUGGCUCAUUUAUAUCCAACAGCUCUAUUUCAACUCACACUUAUACGCUGCAGGGAAACUUCAGCCUGAAUUUGACCGUCCAAGCUAUUAUACCUGUACCUUGUGGGCCUGCAACACCUACCCCACCACUUCCUACCUCGCCAGGGGCAACAACUCAAAACUCAACCAGUGCUGCAAACAAAACUGAGUCAACCACUCCUGCUAUCACUACUGCACCACCCUAUAAUCUGGACUCUCCCACCAGUGCUGGUGUAAUGGAAGACACUCCUGAUGGAGGCUGCCAUAUUUACAGAUAUGGACAUUAUAAAACUACUAUCUCCAUUGUAGAGGGAAUCCUUCAGGUAAACAUUAUUCAGAUGACAAGUGUCCAGAUGACAGUGGCUCAAGGUGAAAACUCCCUGGUUGACUUUGUUGUUACCUGCCAAGGGAGUCUUCCUACAGAUGCCUGUACAAUAGUCUCUGACCCCACAUGCCAGGUGUCACAGAAUGUGGUAUGUGACCCCGUUGAAGUUACUGAUCAAUGCUUACUGACCAUCAGAAGAGCCUUCAAUGAGCCCGGAACCUACUGUGUAAACAUUACAUUGGGUGAUGAUGCAAGCCAAGCCCUCACAAGUGCCCUUAUAUCUGUAAAUGAAGCUCCAGGGUCAUCUUCGAGGACAGUGGAAGGUGUCUUGAUCGCCUCAGGUUUCUUGGUGGCGUUUGUCAUCAUUGUGUCUCUCCUUCUUUACAAGAGGUACAAAGAGUACAAACCUAUUGAAAGAAGUGCAGAACAAGCAGUGAACAGGGAGGGACUGAGUGUUUACUUCAACAAUGUCAAGGCUGUUCUCUUCCCUGGGAACAAUGAGAGAGAUCCUCUGCUGAAAAGCAAACCAGGAAUUGUUUAA